AUGGCCGAAUACCUCUCCGCGGGUUCAUCCUCUCGCGUUAUACUAAAGGAUUCGACGACAUGGGAUUCAUGGUUAGCCAACAUUGAAUCAAUUGCAUUGUCGUACGAAGUUUGGGACCUCUGCAAUCCUGAAUUGGAGGCUGCACCAAAGCCGUUAGAGGAACCCAAAGAACCAGACAUUGAGAAAACAAAGGAGGAAUAUAAAGAAGACUGGUUUCAAGUCUAUCAAGCAACUCAUCUUCAAUGGACAAGCAAGAACUCUCGUUAUAUCAAGAAGAGACAAGGGUUAAAUAUAAUGGUGACAGCUAUUCGGAAUAGUGUCCACGCCAACUAUCAACCCUUUAUCAUUGACUACAAAACUCCAUACGAAUUGCUUCGUAACCUUCGUCAACGUUUCGCAUCUGAAUGUGACCCAACAAACGCAGCUAGGCUUCGUCAAUUGUGGCGAACCCUAGAUAGGGGGUUAGAACGGAACACCGAUAUUGACAAGUGGUUAUUGAACUGGGAGACCGUACAAGCAAGGUGUAAGAGAGCAAAGAUGCCGGAAGCAAAUGAUGCUUCGACUCAGUUUCUUGAUGCUAUCUCUGUUAUGUCACCUGGAUUCCACGAAACAUGGACUCUAAGGCUCCAAGAUAAGAACGACAUCACGUUUACCGAGUUGCUUAACCGGUAUAGAGCUCACUGGAAAAUCACCUAUGGCAAGCCAGUUGCUAGUCAAAGAGGUAUUUCCAAAGCUGCAUUCUCGACAUGGCAAGGGCACGAAGAAGCAAAGCCUGAGCAGGUGUCAUUCAGCACAAAACCAUGCCCAUGCGGGGUAAACGGAGGCAAACACGCACCCUGGAGAUGCUGGGAGAUGUAUGAUGAAUACAAACCUGCAACGUACGAGAGAAACCAGGCAAGGAAGCAGAAAUGGGACAAAGCUAUGAAGGCUGACCCCGCCUGGAAGGCCUGGGUUGACAAGAAACGACAAGAUCAGGGGAAGGCACCGCAACAAGCACAUGCCACCUUUGACGAACCGACAUUUGGCUUCUUCUCUACAGAAGCUAGUAAGCCUAGCAAGCUAGAACCUAGCAAGCAAGGGCCUAGCAAACAAGAGACAAGCAAGCCGUCGGCUAGCAAGCAAAUCGACAUCUUAACCACUGUUAUGUCCACCCGAAUCGACGACAUUGAACCCGUACGAAACCGAUGGGUAGUCGAUACCGGCGCGCAAAUGCAUGUAUGCAAUAAUCGGGGGUUAUUUGUGACCUUCGAGGACGUACAAAGCAGCGUUAAGGUAGGGGAUACAGAGACAACUGUCGACGGUAUAGGCACUGUAGUAAUCUAUGGUGUCAGCGCAGUCAACGGCAAAGCAGUCAGAAUGGAGUUAUAUAACGUCAAGUACUCUCCUAAAUUCCAUAGUAAUCUGAUAUCCAAUGGAUUGAUGAUGAAGGGGGAGUUGUUGAUGAAUUUCAGGAAGAACUGCAUUGAAACAACUGAUGGAAAACCGGUAUACCGAGUGUACCAGGAUCAGAAAUUGACGUGGUUGAUGCAGCCAAAGGGGCUUCAGUACCCGAAAUUGACACUAAAUGACUUAGUAUUUGCAACUAAGAUCAAGAAGUCAGCAAAAGAACCACAAUCAGAAGCAUCAAUCCAAACCUGGCAUAGGCGCCUAGGCCAUAUCGGCCAGCAGCGUAUUGCUAAGCUAGCAGAGAUGACUGAGGGGAUAACCAUUGAAAGCAACCCUAGCAAAGAGAAGCAGGUAUGUGAAGCUUGUCAAUUGGCAGACGCCCCGAAGCAGAUCUCUCGCCGGAAGAUAGGCCAAGCGUAUGGUAUAUUUGGACGGGUCCACUUCGACCUAGUACAGAAUCAGCCAGCGUACAAUGGUCAUAAUUGGUUGACGCAUUUUUACCUUGAUGGCAUCAAAUGUCACUUCGCGUUCACCCAUACAAAGAAGAACGACUGUCAGAUUGUUGUUAGGAAGUUCCUAGCACUAGUCAAGAACUGGCUGAAAAUCGAAAUCAGGGUAUUCCACUAUGACAACGAGCGAAGUGCUGGUCAUGAAGUCGAAACCAUGAUUGAAGCCGAGGGAUGCACAAUUGAGCAUUCACCACCCGGCUUACCAGAGAUGAACGGCCCUGCCGAGAGAUCUGGGGGGAUGGUAGUACGUACUGCCAGGGCAUUGAUCAAUGACACAGAGCUCCCCCACGCUCUCUGGCCUGAAGCAAUGUAUGCAGCAGCAUAUAUCCUAAACAGGACACCAACUAAGGAAAGCAACGGCAACCAAUGGUUUAUACCUUGGAAAGAGCUUAUGAAGCACGCCGCACCAGAUGGCAUCCAACAUCAAACUAUCAACCUGUCAAAUAUAAGGUUGUAUGGUUGCUUGACGUACUCAAGAAUCAUCAAGAGAGUCCAGUCAGAUAAGAUGGCACCCAGAGCAGAGAUAGGAUAUCUCGUUGGGUAUAUCUCCAAGAACCUGUACAAAGUAUGGUUCCCCCACAAAGGACGUACUGGUAUAGGAAGGGUAGAGGUCGUACGAGAUGCCGUAUUCGACGAGACGAGACGGUAUUCGAAGACGAAGCCGAUGCCUAGUGAAGAAGAUGCUAUUAGUACCAUGACAGAUGGACUAAGCAUAGAGAACUGGCCAACGGUGCUUACCACAGAAGAAGCCCAGGUCGAAAUCUCCAUCCAGAUGGAGAUGCCGAAAUCGAUAGCUAGGAUAGCUCUGCAUGAUGAAACUGAGCAUACCCAACAGGAUGCAGUUAAUGAAACUGAGCAUACUAAGCAAGCAGCUGAUGAAACAGCUAAUGAAGCAGUUGAUGGAGCAGUUGAUGAAGAGACCAAGAGAGCAAACAAUGGGAGAGCAAACAAGGCCCCAGAGAAACCUACCAGGAAGCUUUCCAACAUCUUCACCUUCAUCACCACUAAGAUCAUCAUCAUCACCACGAACACCCUCACUAUCCCCGAACCUACCGAAUCCAUCACUAAGAGAAGCACUAUCAUCAUCACCAGAUCCGAUCUUAGUCAUACAAUCGAUCGAAACUGGGGGGUGGAUGCAGACGAAGUGAGAGAUGACGAAGUGAGAGAUGACGAAGUGAGAGAUGAUGAAGUGAGAGAUGCAGAAGUGAGAGAUGACGAAGCAGAGAUAGAGAGACAGCUACAACGGGAGAUAGUAUAUUCGCCGUCCCCAUCAUCAUCAUCGUCAUCCCAUCGAGCACCGAGAGACAUAUCUGGAGAUGUCAACAUGUCAAACGUCAUCGUCGGUACUAGAUCUAGGAGACCCAGAGCAGAUCCUGAAUACGCCGCAUAUCUAUCUCUCAACGAUGUCAUAUACGAUGAACCACCAAGCUUGCUCUAUGCUUUCACGACUAGCAUGAACAAGCGAUUCGAUAACCAAAGAAAGCUUCAUCGUGAUGAAUUACCUCCGCCACCAGAGAACUGGUCCCAGAGGCAGCUGUAUUCGAAAUCGAGACACUGA